UCUCAGUCCCGGAGCCUGGGAGUAGCGCAGCUUUUCGCGUCCCGACUCCAGCGCCGACCCAGACGGGACACGGACCCAGAGCUUCUUCGGUGGCAGCUCAGGGAGCAGGGCUCUCCGCAGUAACUUCCUCCGCGCGGCUCCGUCACUCCGGAGAGUCCCCGGUGCGCACCUGCCAACUCCGCCUUCUGCACCUGCCACCCCUGAACCAGCGCGGGCGCCCGAGCGCGGCAUGGCCAACGCGGGGCUGCAGCUCUUAGGCUUCAUCCUGGCCUUCCUGGGCUGGAUCGGAUGCAUUGUCAGCACGGCACUGCCCCAGUGGAAGAUUUACUCCUACGCGGGGGACAACAUCGUGACGGCCCAGGCCAUCUACGAGGGGCUGUGGAUGUCCUGCGUGUCUCAGAGCACCGGGCAGAUUCAGUGCAAAGUCUUCGACUCCUUGCUGAAUCUGAGCAGUACUUUGCAAGCCACCCGUGCUUUGAUGGUGAUCGGCAUCCUGCUGGGCCUUAUAGCCAUCUUUGUGGCCACAAUUGGCAUGAAGUGUAUGAAGUGCUUGGAAGACGAUGAGGUGCAGAAGAUGCGGAUGGCUGUCAUUGGGGGCGUGAUAUUUCUUAUUGCAGGUCUGGCUGUUUUAGUUGCCACAGCAUGGUAUGGCAAUAGAAUUGUUCAAGAAUUUUAUGACCCCAUGACCCCGGUCAAUGCCAGGUAUGAAUUUGGUCAGGCUCUCUUCACUGGCUGGGCUGCCGCCUCUCUCUGCCUUCUGGGAGGUGCCCUACUUUGCUGCUCCUGUCCCCGAAAAACAACAUCUUACCCAACACCACGGCCCUAUCCCAAACCUGCACCUUCCAGUGGGAAAGACUACGUGUGACACAAAAGCAAAAGGAGACAACACUGUUGAAAUAAAUAGAAAAUGGACAUUGAAAUACUGUCAUUGACAUUAGGACCUUAGACUUUUGACUACUGGAGUCUGAACUGUGGUAUUGCAAAAAACAACAACAGCAAACAAAUGCAAAAACAAAAAAAAAAAACAUAUUUUUUUAAAAUACGCUUUGCUAAAAAUGGCUUAGUCUUAUUUUAUCUCCUUUCCUCAAUAAGGGAGGGAAGCCUUUUCCAUUUUUAUUACUGCUUCCCACUGAGUAAUCAUCUCAAAUGUGGGGAGAAGGGGUCCUUUAAUUAUAUAUAUAGAUAUGUACAUAUAUAUGUUUUUCUAUAAAAAGCUAGAUAGCAAAAGCUCUUCUCAUUAUGUUGGUACCAGUAUACUUAAAAUAUGUCUAAAAAAACGAAAAAUAUAUUUAAUUCUAUAUUGAUUAAGAAAGCAGUUUAUUUGGUAUAUUUUUCUUCUAUAUGGACACAUGUAUAAUAGGUGGAAUUUCAUUUUCCCUCUUUCAUGAGCUUUUAGUGUCUUUGACAAAAGACCUAAUCUGCUUUACCACGUUUGAACUUUUUUCAGUUCUUCACAUGUGCUCUUUUCAUGUGCUUCUUUGAUAGUAUUUUGAUUAUGAUCUUAUAGCCUGUGCUUUCAUCAUCCUUUGUGCCUUCUUUUUUAUGAGGCUGAGUUUAAAUCUUGAAUCUGAUAACACAUUUCAUAUGCCUACAAUAAAAUUCCUAGAGUCAGGAAGAAUCUCUUACAAAUCAGAACUUCGGGAGCAUGUCUUUCUGCAAGACCAGAUGAUAUAUUCCUGUUGACCUUCCCACACGAUUUCUGUACCCUGACCUACAACUCUCUUGUUUGCUUUGAAAAUAUUUGUCUGAUACAGUUGCUGUAUGCUGCUUUCCCAAGUGUUGUAACACAGAUGUACUGAUUGAAUUUUUAAGCUACUUAUUCACAGUUGUAUAUCCCCUCAAACUAUCCAUUUCUCCCUCUCAAUUGUAUUGUUUUCUCAUAUGUAAUUAUCGCAUAGUUUACCUCUUUCUAGAGAAAAAAUGGCUCAUAUAUCUGUUUGUCUGAAUGAAGUACAAGACUUCCUGUAGUGAUAAUAUGAUGACAGAUAUUCUCUCUCUAGCUGUAAGCAAGUCACUUAAUCUUUCUCCUCUUUUCCCAUCUGUCAAAAUGAGAUAAUGAUACUUAACCAGCUGGUAGAGGCAGUGUGAGUAUUAAUUAGUUGAUAUUAUGCUCAUUCUUUGAACAUGAACUAUGCCUAAGUAGUGUCUUUAUUUGUUCAGUUGGCUGUUAAGUCACUGAAUCAAACCUAUGCACAUGUUUUUAUACGGGUCAGCACCUUCCUUUCUUCAUGGCCCAUUUCCUUUCUAUGAGCUGUGUCUAGGAUGCUAUUGGUUCUCUGUUCCAUUUUAACAAUUGCUGUUAGUUUUCCUGUCUACAAAAUUGCUACUUCACUUGAGCAAGAUGAUGUAAUGGAAAGGUGUUGGCUUUGGUGUCUGAAGACCUGGUUUGAGUCUUGGUGCUAUCAAUUACUAUGUGAGUUUGGGCAAGGCACUUGGCUGCCCUAGAUUUAGUGCCUCAUCUGUAAAAAGGUGAUUGUAAUUCCUGACCUGCCUACUUCACAGGGCUGUUGUGGGGAUCCAGUAAGAUGGGAUACAUGCAAAUGUGGUUUUAUAAGGUAAAAAAAAAAAAUGUAUACUGUACUUGGGAAAGAAUUAAGGAUUUAAAUGCAUUGGGUUUUGGAUUACUUUUCAAAUUCCUGAAAAGAGAGAGAUUCUAAGAAAUGGGUUUCUUGCCUUAAUCUCUCACAUGAUGAGACACUAAAGUGAAAUUCUACUUACUAAAUGAAAAAGAGUCUAAGGAAGUCUUCGAUUUCUUCAGUCAGUAUGGCCUGAUGCUUUUUGUGGCUAGGCUUUUCUCCUUUCAGUAAUGCAGACUUGACCUAGGACAAGUUUGCAGAUGUAAUGGGUAAAACAGAAGUGUAAGCAUCAGCAAAGCCAAAGUAGGAAAGGUUUUUUUGAAUUAUAAUAAUUUGCAAGGAUAUACAAGGUGAGUUUCUGUUAAGUGAUGCUAUCAGAGGUGUUGCUAUUAGCUGGCAGCUAGCACUGCUCAAAUAGGUAGUUUGGGAAUGGUAAUUCAUAGUGAAACCACAUCGGGGGAGUUAUCCAAAGGACUGCAUCAUAUGAAGUUAUGAACCGGUAAAGUUUAGUAUGUCUCCCAGACCUGAAACUCUAUGUUCUUAGAAGGUAUAAUUCAAAGAGCCUUUGCUACAUACAAAGGUUCUAAUAAUGUCUGAGUGUAAAUGCAUGGUGGUUACUAGUUGCUAAACUCUACAGAGAAAUUGAUAAUCCAAAAUGGCCAACAGAAUUGGUACACCAGAAUUUAUCCAAUUUUGAUGUUUUUGUACUCUGCUUCUGUGCCUGGAAACAGACAAAUAUAUAUUUUGGAGUUUUGUAAUGGGAAUUUGUAUAAAGCAUUACUCUUUUUCAGUAAAUUGUGUUUUUUUUAAUAAAAAAAUCCUUAGCUUGU